GCUCCGCGCCCUCUUCCCGGCUUCCUCCUCCCGGCGCUCCCGUGAGGCAUCGCGAGGCGCGCAGGCCAUAGCCUAGUGGGCGCCGGCGGCCGCUGAGGUCUUGCCACCUUGCUGACACUCCCCUUGGCUAAGUCGUGGUGGAUCAUUCAGCGAUGCGUCUGUUGGAAACAACAAAUGUCUGAAAUGUUCUUACUUGACUGCUGGGUACCUUAGUACUUUUCAAGUUGAGAGGGGUUCUAAAACCUGAAGCCUGGUGUUCUCUGAACUAGGUUGAUCAGACCUGGAAAUUGAUUCUUGCCAGCUUGGUGAAUGCUUAUUCACUCAUUGAGGAAGAAUCACAGUAGAUUCUAAAAAUAUUUUCCCCCUUCUGUAAAAAUUGGUUUUGUUUCUACUUGGAUUUAUUUUUUUAUAAAUAGAGCACCAUAAACCCAUAUCAAAUACAUAAAACUAGGGUAGUUAAACCAUGAGUUCUGGGAAUGAGUUUGUGGAGACAUUAAAAAAAAUUGGUUAUCCCAAAGCUGAUAUUCUUAAUGGAGAAGAUUUUGACUGGCUAUUUGAAAAUGCUGAAGAUGAAUCAUUUUUGAAAUGGUUUUGUGGGAAUGUGAAUGAACAUAAUGUAUUGUCUGAAAAAGAAUUGGAAGCUUUUAGCAUUCUUCAAAAAUCAGGCAAACCCAUCCUAGAAGGGUCAGCAUUGGAUGAAGUUCUUAAAACCUGUAAAACUUCUGAUUUGAAGACACCUAAACUGGAUGACAAAGAGCUAGAGAAAUUAGAGGAUGAGGUUCAAACUCUUCAGAGAUUAAAAAACUUAAAAAUGCAGCGACGUAAUAAAUACCAGUUGAUGGCUUCAGUAAGUAGUCACAAAUCUCUGAGGUUGAAUGCUAAAAAAGAAGAAUCCACUAAAAAGCUGAAGCAAAGUCAAGGAAUUCUAAGUUCUGUGAAUACUAAGCUCAGUAAUGAACUUCAGGCCCUUACUGAUGGAGUUACUAAAUUGAUGAUGUUCUUUAGACAUUCUAAUUUAGGUCAAGGAACAAAUCCAAUGGUGUUUUUAUCUCAGUUUUCCUUGGAAAAAUAUCUAAGCCAAGAAGAGCAAAGCACAGCAGCAUUAACCUUGUAUACCAAAAAGCAGUUCUUUCAGGGUAUACAUGAAGUAGUUGAAAGUUCAAAUGAAGAAAAUUUUCAACUAUUAGAUAUACACACUCCAUCUAUUUGUGAUAAUCAAGAAAUCCUUGAGGAGAGACGACUAGAGAUGGCCAGGCUGCAGCUAGCAUAUAUCUGUGCUCAACAUCAGUUGAUUAACUUGAAAGCAAGUAAUUCGAGCAUGAAGUCGAGCAUAAAAUGGACAGAGGAGAAUCUUCAUAACCUAACCAGCAAGGCUAUUGGCAAAGAAACUUUGGAUGCUAAAAUUUCUAGCUUGAACAGUGAGAUUCUGAAACUUGAAGAACAAAUCACUCAUAUAAAAGAUAAAACUUUGCCUGCUGUGGUAAAAGAGAAUGCCCAGUUAUUGAAUAUGCCAGUUGUAAAGGGAGAUUUUGAUCUGCAGAUUGCUAAACAAGAUUAUUACACAGCAAGACAAGAGUUAGUUUUAAACCAGUUGAUAAAACAAAAGGCAUCAUUUGAACUUGUACAGUUAUCAUAUGAACUUGAAUUAAGGAAACAUUGGGACACGUAUCGUCAACUUGAAAACCUGGUUCAAGAACUUACUCAAAGUAACAUGAUGCUCUACCAGCGAUUAGAAAUGUUAACAGAUCCAUCAGUCUUUCAGCAGAUAAAUCCAAGGAAUACCAUUGAUACCAAGGAUUAUUCUACUCAUAGGCUUUAUCAACUUUUAGAGGGAGAAAAUAAAAAAAGAGAAUUGUUUGUAACCCAUGGAAACCUGGAGGAAGCAGCUGAGAAAUUGAAACAGGAUGUUUCUCUAGUACAAGAUCAGUUGGCAAUAACUGCUCAAGAACAUUUUUUAUUUCUGUCCAAACUGAAUAAUAAUGUUGACGUGCUUUGUGAUGUUUUGUAUCAAGGAGGAAAUCAGCUUUUACUUAGUGAUCAGGAAUUAACAGAACAGUUUCAUCAAGUUGAAUCCCAACUGAAUAAGCUAAAUCAUCUCCUUACUGAUAUUCUUGCUGAUGUGAAGACAAAAAGAAAAAUUUUGGCAACUAAUAAAUUGCAUCAAAUGGAAAGAGAAUUAUAUGUAUAUUUUUUAAAAGAUGGAGACUACCUGAAAGAUGUUGUGGAGAAUCUAGAAAACCAAUCAAAGAUUAAGGAUGUUAGUUUUAAAAAUUGAAAAUUACUAAAAACUGAAUCUUUACAUCUGUUUUAAUGUUUUUUGUAAUAGGAGACUAUAUCUAAUAAACAUGAUGAUGUUUUGAAAUUUGA